AUGAAAUCGGAUCCAAUCGCUGACGAUUUCUAUGAAAAGUAUACCAAGUUUAUUGAUACAUUCGGCGCUCGUCCCUCUGGAAGUCCCACGUUGGAAAGAGCGAUUGAUCACAUGGUUGAUCUUACUUUGGACACCAGUUUCAAUGAUGUAUGGACGGAGAAUGUUACGGUGCCUCACUGGGAACGUGGAUAUGAGUCGUUGACUAUGACAUUGCCAUAUACAAGAAAUAUAUCGAUAUUAGGUUUAGGACCCAGUGUACCAACACCUGCCGCUGGUAUGACAGCGGAAGUAAUUGUAGUUAACAGUUUUUCAGAACUAGAAGCUAACUAUAAUGACGCAGAAGGAAAAAUUGUACUGUUCAAUGCUCAUUUUACUACUUAUGAAGAGACUGUCAAGUACCGACGGAAUUGUGCUAUAGCUGCAGCAAAACAAGGAGCAGUUGCAGCAUUAGUGAGAAGUAUAACACCUUUCUCUUUAUAUACUCCACAUACUGGUUCAGUACUCUAUGAGAACGGUAUAACUAAAAUACCUGCAGCUGCUAUUACUUUGGAAGAUGCUGAUUAUAUUCAAAGAAUUUAUAAUCGAGGCAAUAAAAUAUUGGUUCAUUUGAAAAUGUUGAAUAACUUUACUUUAAAAGAAUCUCGAAAUGUCAUAAUUGAUCUAAAAGGAAAAGAAACUCCAGAUAAAAUGGUCAUAGUUUCAGGGCAUAUUGAUAGUUGGGACGUUGGUACGGGAGCUAUAGAUGAUGGAGGUGGUAUGAUGAUAAGCUGGUUCGUACCGGUGAUUCUAAAAUACUUGAAUUUAAGACCUAAAAGAACUAUAAGGUGUGUACUGUGGACUUCAGAAGAACCUGGGUACAUAGGUGCAGCUUCGUAUAUAAAACGUCAUGCAAAUGAAAUAAAUAAUAUUGAAUUCGUAAUGGAAUCAGACUCUGGCACGUUUGAACCACUGGGUUUAGAAGUAGCGGGGUCUCAAGAUUUAAAAUGUUUGAUGGCAGAUAUUUUAAAAUUAACAGCACCAAUAGAUAAACUAAAGGAUGCUAACAAUAUCACAGGAACUGAUAUAGAACUAUUCAUAAAUUUAGGUAUACCAGGAGCUUCGUUACUAACUAAAGAUGACCAAUACAUGUGGUUCCAUCACACUCCAGCUGAUACAUUAACGGCUCAGAACAAAUCGAAUGUAGUAAAUUGUGCCGCGUUUUGGGCCGCACUUGCGUACGUAGUUGCAGAUUUACCUUUUGAUAUUCCACGUUGA